GUACAGCCUGUGGGGACCACAUCAGCAGUGUGAAAACUCUGUGUCUACCGAGAAGAGUUUCAUGUAGCAGAACUGGCUGGUUCAUUCCAGAGGUUGACACCCGUUCUCUCCACCAGCGAUCUCAUUACACACCACAAGGGCCGGUCGUUGCCCCUACACAGCCCGGCACUGGUCUUCUUCUGCAUGUCAUACACCACGGGCCCGUCACUGGAGGACUGCAGCUCUGGGUCUACACUUUCAGAACGUUCCUUACUGAGCUGUUGGCAUCGGCUGUGAGUCCGAUGGAAGGGGGAUCAUGGCGAGAAGGGGGGGGUCGCGUGCACCAGAGGAGAUGCAUUGAGGUGGCCGCUGCAUUUCCAGCUUUGUGCAGAAAGUGUUGCACGUAUGCCAUGCACGUGGGGACGAGCUGUCAACAACGGCUGUGAGUCGGACGAAAGGGGGAUCAUGGAGAGAAGUGGGGGCUCGCUUGCACCUGAAGAGAUGCAUUGAGGUGGCCACUAUAUUUCCAGCUUCGUGCAGACGGUGUUGCACGUAUGCCAUGCACGCAGGGACGAACUGUGGACAUCGGCUGUGCGUCGCAUGAAGCGGCAAUCAUGGUGAGAAGUGGGGUGCAGCUUGCACCAGUGGAGCUGCUUUGAGGUGGCCGCUGUAUGUUCAGCUUUUUGCAACGCUGCUGCAUGUAGGCCAUGCACUUGGGAAGUACGUGUGACAACCAGCAGGCAGCAUGUUCGUGCGAUAACCAGCAGGCAGCAUGACGAAGGCAGCACGUACGUGCGAUAACCAGCAGGCAGCACGAUGAUUCUGUGAAUGCAUCGGUAAGUGGAGUGAGCAGGAAGGGAAGAAGACGGAAGGAAGUGGAAGCAGUCCCCCCCCCCCUCCUCCUCCUCUUUUAGAAGACAGGUUUUGGAAGAAGAGGAAGGAAGGAGGAAGUGAGGUGACCGUAAACAUGGCACGGGCAGGUCCACCCCCAACAGCACAUCAACCUGCAGCGAGGCAGAAAUAUGAUCGGCAGCUGCGGAUCUGGGGGGAGCAUGGGCAGGAGGCCCUCAAGAACGGACACGUAUGUCUUCUUAACUGUGGACCAACUGGCUCCGAGGCUCUCAAGAAUCUUGUGCUGGGUGGCAUCGGGUCCUUCACCAUAGUGGACGAAGCUAGGGUGAAGCCUGCUGAUCUUGGAAACAACUUCUUGGUGGAUUGUGAGAGCUUGGGGCAAUCGAGGGCCAAGUGUGUGAGUGGGCUACUGCAAGAAUUGAACGAGGGCGUUGCGGCACGAUUUGUCGAAGAGUCGCCACAGACCCUUAUAGAACAUGAUGCAAACUUCUUUUCUGUGUUUACCUUGAUCAUUGCCACACAGAUGACAGAAUCAUCGCUCGAAAAGUUGGAUUCUUUAUGUCGACAGCGUGGCAUCAUGUUGAUCACGGCACGGACUUUUGGUCUAGUCGGUUCCGUUCGAAUCAGUCUCCAGGAGCACAGGGUGAUAGAAUCCAAACCGGACAAUCUGUUGGACGAUCUAAGGAUCCAUCAGCCAUGGGAGGAACUCAGGGAGUUCGUGAACAGUUGUGACAUCGAUACAGAGGACCUCCUUGUGCAUCAACACAUUCCGUUUGCCGUUCUGCUGGUGCGAAUAGCGGACGAAUGGCGUGCAGCCCAUGGAGGGCGGGCACCGAAGACAGCAGCAGAGAAGGCGGAACUGAAGUCCUGGAUUACUGCGCGCAAGAGAGAGCAGGAUGAGGAGAAUUAUAAGGAGGCUCUGGCAUCGGUGUUUAAGGCGUGGUCUCCACCGGCGAUCAGUCACAACUUACGGGCAAUUUUGGACGAUCAUGCUUCGCAUGUGAAUUCUGCAUCCCCAGAUUUCUGGGUCAUGGUGGCGGCACUAAAGGAGUUCAUGCGGAAUGAAGGCGACGGCGAGCUCCCUCUUGAUGGUGCCAUCCCAGACAUGCACUCGUUUACCGACUUCUACAUUGCCUUGCAGCAAGUGUAUCAGAAGAAAGCUGCUGCAGAUGUGGCUGCAGUAGCCGCACAUGCUCAGCGCAUUUUGAAGGAGGCCGGUAAAGUCCCCGACUCCAUCCCCUAUUCCACAAUCAAGCUGUUCUGCAAAAACGCGCGGAACCUGCAGGUGAUUCGGUAUCGUCCUCUAGCAGAAGAGCAGAGUGCUGCGCUGGCCCAAGGAUCAGAACUUCUUAGGAUGCUGGCUUCAGAGGAGAGCAGCAACGCCGUCAUCUAUGUUCUGCUUAGAGCGGUUGAUCUCUUCGCUGCAACCUUUAAUAGAUAUCCGGGAGUCUAUGACAGCGACGUGGAGGAAGAUAUCGCGAGGUUGAAGGCCGUCGCUGUGGCACUUGUCAGCGAAUGCGGACUCACUGGGGCAGCAAUCCCUGAUGAUUUUAUCAGUGAGAUUUGCAGAUUUGGUGCCUCAGAGCUCCACGCUACAGCAGCAGUGAUCGGUGGAAUUGUGGCUCAGGAGGCCAUCAAGCUUUUGACAAAGCAGUUUGUUCCUUUGGCGGGCACCCUCAUCUACAAUGGCAUAUCGUCCACAACAUCGACGCUCCCAUUUUCAUAAACACGACUGUCAUCGCAGAGUCCACACACGCUGCUUCUAAGAGUCUUUGGGCUUGCCACCAGGAGACGGAGCGUAGUUUGUAUAACUUGUUGCUGAGCUGCCAAGAGCACUCCACAAUGUUGGUUGUGCCAUAGCUCACGAUUUUGGGAAUUCAAACAUCAUGACUGGAAGCUGAAGUGAUGGAUGAUGAAUGUGAGGAUGUGGUCAUGUUUCCAGUACACAUUCAAGAUGCUCAGUAGAGUUUGGAGUGGCGGCAAUGCUCAGUAGAGUUUGGAAUGGAGGCUGAUUCAGGGCCUCGCUCGAUUACUCUCCACAUGCACAAAAGACAAAAAAUAUGGCAGUGUAUCUUUCCAUGUUCUAGCCGAAGAUUCAUUCUCAUUUUGUACGUUUGCUG